AUGCCAGUGCCUCUGUCAGCCACGUUCAUGGAGCUUGCAAUCCCUCUUAAAGCCCGUGUAUUCGAGUUAAUUGACCUUCUUAAAUCAACAGCGCACGAGAAUCUUGCCUUACAUCGCUGGGGACUACGAAUACUUUGUACGGCUGGAAUCCUAUACAUCUGCCGCAAGAUAUAUUCGAAGGCGAUUUCGAACCACUGCAACUCGGAAAAAGGGAACUGGAGCCAUGAGGUGGUUCUAAUCACAGGCGGCUGUAGUGGGAUUGGGGAACGAAUCGCCCGAAAAUUUGAAGAACGCCGCGUCAAAGUGGUCGUACUUGACAUUAUGCCCCCCAAAACCGCCAUGUCGCCUUAUAUACAUUUCUACAAAUGCGAUAUAACUUCCCCAGAGGAAAUUCAUCGCACAGCACAGUUAAUUCGUGAGGAUGUUGGUUAUCCAACCAUUCUAAUCAACAAUGCAGGUGUUGGCACCGCCAAAGAUAUGCUUGAUGAGACAGAUGAGGAAAUUAAGCGCACUUUUCAUGUCAACAAUCUUGCACAUUUUUGGAUUUUACGUGAAUACCUUCCGCAUAUAAUCCAGAUGAAUCACGGCCAUAUUGUUACAGUUGCGAGCAUGGCGAGCUUUCUGACUAUUGCGUCGAAUAUUUCCUAUUCUUGUACGAAAGCUGCGGCUUUAAGUCUUCACGAGGGUUUGACGCAAGAGCUGCGGCACAGAUAUAUGGCGGAGAAAGUCAGGACAUCGAUAAUUCAUCCAACUUGGGUUCGCACACCACUUAUCGGCAAACAGGUCGAAAGUGGUCAAUGGAAAUCUCGGACCAUUGAAGCCGAUUCCGUUGCGGAUGCAGUUGUCUCGCAUAUCCUAAGGUGGGAAAGUGGGCAGCUUUUCCUACCAGCAACUUAUUCCGUGGUGUCUCUGCUCAGAAGUUUUCCAAGCUGGCUCCAAGAAAGCGUAAGGAACAGCCAGUCGGAGGUACUUCGGGUUGACAAUUGA